AUGAAAUUCAACAGCGACCGUGAAACUGAGCUCAUCUACAUCUGCAGGAAAGCAAACUUCAACAGCGACCCUCAAACAAGGCUCUUCAACAUCUGCAGGAAAGCAAACUUCAACAGCGACCCUCAAACAAGGCUCUUCAACAUCUGCAGGAAAGCAAACUUCAACAGCGACCCUCAAACAAGGCUCUUCAACAUCUGCAGGAAAGCAAACUUCAACAGCGACCCUCAAACAAGGCUCUUCAACAUCUGCAGGAAAGCAAACUUCAACAGCGACCCUCAAACAAGGCUCUUCAACAUCUGCAGGAAAGCAUAUGUCAAUAGCGACCCUAAAACAAGGGUUUUUUACAUCUGCAGGAAAGCAAACUUCAACAGUGACCCUCAAUCAAGGCUCAUCCUCGACUGCAACUUCACAGGCGAGUCUGUUCAAAAUAAAUUGAAAAGGAAAGAAAAUGGACCUCAGAGUGCAGAUACAUUACGAUUUAAACGUCCUCUUCUAAAACCAAAAGCUGGAACCAAACAUAGACCAUGUAUCCAAGAGUCACGUCUUGCCAGGAUCCACAGAUUGAUGAUUUCACCACAAACAAAACUGUAUUGCCAUUUCCUACAAUAUAGCAACAAGAUUUUUGACAGUAUCAAUCUCCUUUUGCAACAAAAGGAGCCAUGUUUGCACAUUCUGCAUCGGAAGCUCAGUGGUACAUACAGGGACUUGCUUCUGAGAUUUAUGAAGCAAGAGUGUAUUGCUGCAUGUUCACAUGUGAACGAUGUGUCCGAUGGAAAGGAAAAUCAAAGGUCAGACAAAGAUCUGACGAUAGGUACAGAAGCAAAAGAGUACAUCAAGAGCAUGACUACUGAAGAAGGUGAUGUGUCUCUCCAGCUUACCAAGGUUGAUCUGGAUUAUUUCUAUCUAUCAGUAAGAAAAUAUUAUCAGUCUGCAUGUGGAAACGCACUGAAGACCUGGCCCUUUGACGUUAAGUUUCUACAAAAAGCUGAAAUGUUUGACAUCAAUCUCAGAAGGAAAGUAUCGUUUUUCUCAUGACAUUACUUUGUUGCCAGGUUCCCAUGUAUCCUUGGUAACUCAAGCACCAGUACAGUAGAUGAAUUGGAGAAUUUGUGGAGUGUCAGGUGGAAAUUUUGAGGAUCAUCCAAAAGUACAUGUACUUGAUACAAAGUUGAGAAUUGACAAGUAGUGGAAUGUGAUUUCAGACAUGAAGCAAGUGUGCAGCCCUUUCCCCUCUGGACAAUAAAGGUAUUUUCAUGUUGAAUGCAUUCUUUUAUGAAUUAUUCAAAAAAUCAUUUUCUUUUAACAUAAAUCUACUGUAUUGCCUGAACUAUAUUUUUAGUCAAUGACAAUUCAUGAAAUCUCUCUAAUGUGCAUUUCAUCUAUCUAAAAAAAAAGUUUUGAUGAUUUAGACAGAUGUCAAUUACUAUCGAAUGCUGUUUCUUAAUGUGUUUUGCUACCCAAAACUCCCAUCCGUGGGACGUUCCACCGCUCCCUCACAAAAUCAUACCUCUGCGAAAUCUACUGGAUUGUAUCAUCUCAAUGUUGGCAGCUCUGGUAUAGGCCUACAUAGAUUACUUUGUCAUUUUAUAUCCAGAAAGCCUGAAAGGCGCUAUAUCACGGAUACAAUAUCAUCUAUAUGUGUACUGAAGCAAUGACAUCACAAAAAAGUUAAUUGUAAACAAAAAGUU